AUGUGUGGCCAAGAUCUAGAAGCCGAGGCGCCCCGCGUCUUCGGCGACGACUUCCCAUGGCACCUCGGCGUGUUUGACGUCCACAACCACAUUGGCGAACUCGCUCCAUUGGCCGACAGGAUACCCAGAAUGCGAUCCCGCGGAGUCGCCAUCAUGGCCACCCGCACGCAGGACCAGCCGCUGGUCGCCAAGAUGGCAGAAUCGUACGGCCUGAAAGAGGCGGGUCAGCUCUCGGCCGCGGAUGCCACGACUGUUGUCCCCGGGUUCGGCAGACACCCCUGGUUCUCGCACGAGCUGUACGAAGAUACCGUCGAGGCGCCAACCUUCUCACCGCCGGAGACUGAUGCGGGAUUGGAGGAGGCCAAGAUGGCGCACUACCGCGCCGUCCUCACGCCGCCGCCAGACGACCCGGCCUUUGUGGCGGACCUGCCGACCCCGGAGCCUUUGUCCGAGUUCAUCUCGGCGACCAGGGACAGGCUGAGGAGCCACCCACUGGCUAUUGUGGGCGAGAUAGGGCUGGACAAGCCCUUCCGCCUCGCGCGGCAGUGGGAACCCGGCGCGAAGGCUGCGCGGGCUCUGGCUCAUCCGGAUCGCACACCGGGGGGUAGGGGCCGCCGCCCCCUGAGCCGCCAUAACGUCAGCAUGGCGCACCAGAAGGUCGUGCUGCUGGCUCAGUUGAGGCUGGCGGGGGAGAUGGGCCGCGCGGUGAGCGUCCACGGCGUGCAGGUGCACGGGGUGCUGUUUGAUCUGCUGGUGGGCUGCUGGAAGGGCCACGAGCGGAAGGGCAAGACGUCGCGGCGAAAGAAGCAGCAGCUAGAGCCGGAUGGUCCCUCUUCUGAGACUGAGAGGGCCUCCUCGGCUGAUGGAAGGGAGGAGGCACUGCCGUACCCGCCGCGGAUAUGCCUCCAUUCGUUCAGCGGGAAGGCGGAGGCGGUGCGGCAGUACCUUAACCCCAGGUUCCCGGCGACGAUAUUCUUCUCGUUCUCCAAGUCGAACAACAUGCGGGAUGAGGCGGGGCGGGCGAAGAUGCGGGACGCGCUGGGCACGGUGCCGGACGACAGGGUGCUUGUCGAGAGCGACAUACACGAGGCCGGGGACAGGAUGGACGGCGACCUGGAGGACACGUACCGGGCUGUUUGCGCGUUCAAGGGGUGGACGCUCGAGGAGGGGGUGGGGAGGAUUGCGCGGAACUACAGACAUUUCAUCUUUGGGGAGGACGAGGAGGCUUCAUAA